AUGCACUUCCUGAUUUAUGUUGUGAAAGGCAUCCACAUAUCGUCCGUAUGGCACGGGUUCGGCGGUCGAUUGGCUACCGAAGUCAUCGAGUUCUCCGGCUCUUACUCUUCGGUAAAUUUCGAUGCUCCCAUACGCAACAAGGAAGAGUAUUGCGGCCUGGAAAGAUAUGAGUAUUCGUGAGCGAGAACCCGAGGUAAAAGUUUCUUAUUUUGGCCACAACUUAUAACUUUGCGGAAACUGGUCGGAAUUAGCCCAAAUUUAGCGUGCACGCUCAAUUCAUCGUUGUCAAUGCCCGGACAGUGGAUUUAGUUAGUGAGGUACCUUCUUUUUCACGUACCACCUUACCCUUCAAAAACGGCUGCAGCCUGUGAUUUUACACUUUAUACGUUGAAACAUGUCCGGAACUAAACUUAUUGCCUCCGUAUGGAACUAAAUGAGUCGUCACAGCCUUCGUAGGUACCCUUAAAACUAUAGAGCUAUUAUAGUAAUUCAGUGGCAGCUAGGUCGAAGCGUUUUUUCCUAAUUUCAGUGCCCAAGCUUGGGCGCAGAUCGCGGAGUACCUUUGUUGUGGCCAAAAUAAGGAACUUUUUCCGAAUCCGAACCUACCUCGAACAGAGCAACCGCAGUCAAGCUCAAAACGAUGUAUGUUUGAGUUUCCAAGGAAAGCCGAAUCUUAAUGCAAGCAGCCAGAGCGAGGACCAAGGUCACAAGUGUAAAAGUUGGUAUGCAUAA